AUGGACUUUGAGGUGGAAGGCGUAAAGAUCCCAGAGAAGGGUGUUGUUAUUGUCAAGGAUGACUGCUCUACUCAUCCACUGCUCAUUGGAAUGAAUGUGAUUGGUGCAUGUUGGGAUGCUGUUUUUAAGCAGGGGAAGCCAGCUCUCUCCCCCAAGAGAUGGGAGUCCCAGCAGGUGUGGCGAGAAGCGUUUGCUGUGUGCCGGAGGACCAUCGCGACACCACCGGGAGAUGGGUUUUUGGGCUACGUCCGACCUGCAAGCCGGCGACCGGUUCGGGUACCACCAAAAAGUGAGAUUCUUGUGUGGGGCCGGACGACCAGUGGGCCGUGUGGGGCUGAUUAUGCUGCAGUUCUAGAGGCUAUGCCUGAAGCGGAAGCAUGGGGAAUAGCCAGAACCCUAUCUGUGGUGCGAGGCGGGAGGGUCCCUGUCCGUGUCUGUAACCCACAAUUGUACCCAGUCUAUAUAGGACGCUAUCAGAAGCUGGGCCGGUUAUACCACGUGGAGGAGGCUGAUGUUCAGGGAGCCCGUGACCUGAGCCUGACCAUGGGUCCGGAUGGUGUCGUAGAGGUUGGCCUAGUAGACACUCCGGACUCCAAAGAGGAACACACCGAAGAGGGGGUGAACAAGCUCGUUGACUGCCCUCAUUUGACCCAUCAACAACAGCUGGAGCUCCAGGCUCUGCUCCAGAAGUGGAGAAAGGUUUUUGCUACAAAUGAAGAGGAUUUUGGGAGGACUGACUUGGUUCAGCAUCGUAUUCACACGGCAGACGCCCCUCCCACCAAAGAAAGGUUCCCCGCCAAUCCCUCCACAGAACUAAGCGGUGAGGUGGCUCUGCUCACUGCAGCUCUGGAGAUGGCCCCCACAACUCAGGAGCUGGGGUUACACUUGGAGGAGGACUGGAGGAUCUUGCAAGGCGCAGACUGUGAUAUCCACACAGUGGCCGGAUACCGUUCCCUCAGUUUUAAACAGGGGAACCGCAUCCUGAUGGCCAAAUUACCCCCGUCAGAUACCGUUCCCCCUGUGUUAAACGGGGGAAACGGUAUCUGA